AUGGCUGGCCCCGAGACCACUACCAAACUCCACGCGUUCCACCGCAAAGAUACAGCAUACGCCUCGGACAACCUUUCAAUCGGAGUCAGUGUAUUCGUACCCAAGAGUGCUGGAAAGGAACAAAAGUUACCCAUAUUAGUGAGAUGGCAUGGCGGAGCAUUGAUCAACGGUGGUAGAGUGAUCAUCGACCUCGCGGCCUUCCAUAGUGCAAUCAUUGUAUCUCCGGACUACCGUCUGUUACCCGAAUCAUCUGGCCUUGAUAUAUUGUUCGACUUACACAACUUCUACGCCUGGCUCCAUACCAAUCUUGGCUCCUUCCUGACUGCUUCAUUCCCCCAGCAAACACCAUCAGCCGAUCUCUCCAACAUUCUCAUCACAGGAGAAUCGGCAGGCGGAUACAUGGCCGUUCAAUCCGUACUUCUUGGAGAAACCAAAGGAGUCAAAGCAGUCAUCGCACAUUACCCCAUGAUUGACCUCAAAGAUGCAUGGUACCGUGAACCCGGCCAAAAAGUUAUCUGGGGCCAACCACCACCAUCGUUUCCAGAUGGAUGGCUUGAUCAGCAACUCGCAGCUGCAAGAUCUGCAAAGCCGAUCACCGAGAGGAUCCCCGUGGAAGGAGAGCCAGACCUGUUCGUCGCUUCGUUGUUGGAAGGAAAGUAUACAGAGAUUCUUGGUACUGAUUCCAAGCUCUUCCCUCUUGAGAAUUUGGAAUAUCCUACUUCUUAA